AUGUCGCACUUCGGGAGGUCGGGUCCGCCGGACAUCCGCGACACCUUCUCGCUCCUCGUCCUCAACAUCAGCUUCCGCACCACGGCCGACGACCUCUUCCCGCUCUUCGAGCGCUACGGCAAGGUCGUCGACGUCUUCAUCCCGAGGGACCGGAGGACCGGGGACUCGAGGGGUUUCGCGUUCGUGCGGUACAAGUACGCCGACGAGGCGCAGAAGGCUAUAGAUCGGCUCGAUGGCCGUAAUGUGGAUGGGAGGAACAUCAUGGUGCAGUUUGCAAAGUACGGCCCCAAUGCUGAGCCAAUCCAAAAGGAAGAGUCAAAGAGGGGGUUGAGAAAUCACGAGACAGGUCAAGAAGCCGUAGUCCAAGGCCAAGGCACAGAGACAGAGAUCAUAGAAGGCGAAGUCGCAGCAGGAGCAGGAGUAGAGAAAGGCAUGGCCGUGAUAGAGACAGGGACUAUCGUCGUCGGAGCAGAAGUAGAAGCCGAAGUCCGAGUUCAAGCCCUGACCACAAAAGUCGUCGUAGAGGAAGAGAUGAUGGCAAGCACAAGGGCAGGAGUAAGAGCAGAAGCAAGAGCAGGAGCAGGAGCAAGAGUAGGAGCAGAAGCAGGAGUAGAAGCCGCUCAUACCAUAGUGCUUCACCUGCCCGGCGUAGUGCUAGCCCUCACAAGAGCCCACCGCCACGGAGGAGCCCCACUCCUGAAAAGCAUACCAAUGGAAAAGAUUCACCUCUGUCACGCAGUGUUUCUCCAUCACCAAAGCGUGCAAGCUCCCACAGCCCAGGCAGCGAUGGCAAGAACGUUGAGAAGGUUGAUUGAGCACAAUGGAAGUAGCAAUCAACCGCUAUCCAAGUUAUCUGUUCGUGAGAUGGGUUGCUGUUUACUGGUAGAAUGGUAUUGCACGGGACCGACUAUGGUGGAUGAUGUCUUGCUGUUAGUCUUUGUCAUUGGUGUUGAUAUGGCGAUGGUGCAGCUGAUGAUGCGACGAUGCCGAUAUUGUAUCGAUGCUGAUGCUGAUGCUGCUGACAGUGACCAUCCUGAUGCAGUCUUUAUUUUUGUUCGAAAAGGUUCUGAAUCAGAUCAUGAAAUUCCAGAUGGAUCUCAUGAUUGGACGAUUGUUCUAGAGUUGGAACAUGGUGUUGAGUGGCAGAGAUGCCGAAGGGUGUACUCAUAG